AAACACGGUUUGGUGUUUUUUUCUGAAAGUUAUUUUUGUAUAAUUUUCUCAAUUUGGCGUAAAUUAGAAAAUCAGUUCUUGCAACCCUGAUACCACCAGAUAACUAUGUCCUUAAAUCUGUUCUGUUUCUAUUAUUUAUGUCAUUGUCAGUUUUGUGCACAAGCAAGUUUGUUUGAGAUAGUGUAAAAUAUUCUCUAAGUUUAUACGUUUGUUGCGGUGCGUUUACAAUCUUCACUGUAUUGUUCUUGCUUGUGUUCGCUUAAAGACAUUGUAGGCUGCCUUCAUGUUUCGAUCUUACUGACGUACUCAUUUAUUGUUUAAAUACACUUUGAGACUCUCUUUAAACAAAUGUAAUAAUAGGCCGGCACCAAAAUGCUAACUAGUAUUUUUAGGGACUUUCUAUGGAUUAUACUUGCUUACUUUGUAAAAUGUGCAGUUAGUGACGAUGCAUCAAGUAAUUUGAUGAAAAUUUACAAAGCAAAAUAUACUCUAGAUUUAAAUGGUUGCAGUUUAUUAGAAAAACAAUGUUCGCGUUUGUCUGAAGACUUAGCAAUUUUAUCAUGUGCACUCAAUGCAACUCAUAAUAACAAAACACAAAUCAACAAUAAGUGUCAACAUAGAAUAUGGGCUUAUCAAGCAGAAUUACUGAAAAGUUCAUUCCUAGAUUUUAAGUUAAAAGAACCCUGUACCAACGAUCCUACAGUAUCAGAAUGUUUGAGUGCAUCUGAAAAUACUGUAGACUGUGUUUUUAAGAAAAAACCUGGUGUGAAGGCUAAUAUAUGUCUUAGAAUGAUUAUCAAGAUUGAAUCCUUGAUUUUUAAUGAUUGGCAAAUAAUUGGGAAUUUCUUAAAAAGUUGUUUUGAUGACAUUCAAACAUAUUCAUGCGGAAGAAUACCUUCUGAUCCUAAAAGUUUGUCUCAAACAAAUACUGUAAAGUGCCUUCAAAACAUAGAACAAGAGUUAAAACCAGAAUGUCAGUCUGAAAUGUUGUUACUUAAAGAAAUGAAGUACAGCACUUUGCAAAUGGAUAAAAUUAUAUUUGCUGCUUGCAAUUUAGAUCAGAAAAACUUUUGCCCUGAUGAACUUCCAGGAUCAUGGUUAAUGUAUAAAUGCCUUGUUGCUCACAAAUAUGAAAAAGGUAUGACAAAAAGAUGUCAGGAUCAAUUAUUCUAUGGUCAAAGAAGCAUGGUUUUGAAUUACAAAAUGAGUAAGGGAUUUGUAAAAUCUUGUAAAGAAGAUAUUAGAAAAUACCAUUGUAGAAAAGGUGUAGUUGAUGACAAGGAUGUGCGCUUGGCUCAAAUAUUAUUAUGUUUAGAAAACAUAUCUCGCAAUGAAAGCAUAAAAUUAACACCUGAAUGCAUCACUGAAAUGAUUGAUCACAGAAAAUUGUUGAUGGAUGAUUAUAGAUUGUCACCUGAAUUAAUGCAAAACUGUGCCAAUGAUAUCACUGUUCUAUGUAGAGGAGUUGAAACUGGAGGGAAAACUAUUCAUUGCCUAAUGGACCAUGCAAGGCCUCGAAGAAGGAAAGAUAAGAGAAUAAGUGUGGCAUGUCAAAGAUCUCUAGAGAUAUUGGUGCAGGAAGCAGACCUAGGUGAGGACUGGAGGGUGGAUCCCAUCCUAAGAAAGGCCUGUAAACCAGUUGUUGACAGAGCUUGUAGAGAAAUAAAUGGAGGCAAUGGAAGGGUUAUGUCCUGUCUAAUGGAGAAACUUGGAACAGUGCUUAUGUCUCCUGAAUGUGAAACAGCAUUAUUGCAAAUUCAAUAUUUUAUUUCCAGAGAUUUCAAACUUGAUCCCCAAUUAUACAAAGCAUGCAAAUAUGAUGCUGUUACUCAGUGUAAAGCAAAACUACAUUGGGCAGAUUCAGGUGAACAACAAUCUGAAAAAGAUCCAUUAGUAUUACCUUGCCUAUACAAUUAUGCUUACAAUCUAAAGGGAACUUUAAAACCAGCCUGUGAGCAACAAAUUAGAAGAGUAAUGAGGCAAAGGGCUGUAACUGUAGAUUUAUUACCAGAAAUUGAAGACUUUUGCAUAGAUGAUUUAGCAAAUAUAUGCUUUGAAAAUACUGGCAAAGGAGAAGAAAUUGCAUGUCUGCAAAACAAAAUAAAAGAAUUAUCACCAAAAUGCAGAGAGGUUGUGACAAACUUUACUGAAACUCAGAGUGGUCACAUAGAGCUUAAUGCUGUUGUAAACAAUAAUUGUAGGGUACCAAUUGAGAGGCUGUGCUCCUCAGAGCUCAAGAGUAAAAAAGAUGAAGAUGAUAUCAUGGAAUGUCUGAUCAGCCACAAAAAUGAUCCUGAAAUAAAAGCAAAUGUUAAAUGUCGAGCCGCCAUAGAACAUGAACAACUUAUUUCGCUCAAAAAUUAUCGAUUUACUAGAAAAUUUAAAAAUGCAUGUAAGUCUUAUGUUGUAAGGUUCUGUCCCAAAGCUCAAACCAAAAGUCAGGUAGUGGCUUGUUUGAGUGAAAUUGUACGGAAUGAUACUAUCACCAGAAGAAAGCACACAAUAUUUAAAGAUUGUAGGCAACAAUUGAGAAGUCAAUUAUUCCAACAAAAGGAAAAUAUAGACUUUGAUCCAGAGUUAAAAGAAUCUUGUAAAGAUGAUCUUCAAAUAUAUUGUCCUAAUGUGCCCCAUGGAGAAUCUGCUGCUUUGGAGUGCCUGCAAACUGCUGAUGGCAAAUUGAGUGAUAAUUGUAGAAGAGCCAUAUUUGUUGUAAGGAAACAAGAAUUUAAUGAUAAUGCUAUUGAUUACCAUUUGAUCACAAGUUGUAAUGAUAUGAUUGAUUUAUACUGUCACAAUACAGAAACAUCUAAAAUCUUAGAUUGCUUGAAGGCACACCAUCAAAAACAAGAUUUUGAUGAAAAUUGUAAAGUGGUUAUAGUUCACAGGAUGAUAGAACAAAAUACUGAUUAUCGAUUUAAUAAUAACUUACAAAAUGCUUGCAAUGAAGAUGUGAAAACACACUGUUCUAAAAUUAUUGCUAAUGAACCUCAAGAUGUUGAGCUUCAAGGAAAAGUAUUAUAUUGCUUGAAGGAGCAAUUCAGGUUAUCGAAACUCACCACUCCUUGUGAAAAUGAGUUAGCAAAUGUUCUGAAAGAACAGGCUUUGAAUUACCGUCUUGACCCACUGCUUGGUAAAUUGUGCAAAGCUGAGAUUCAAACUAUCUGUUUGCCAAAUGAUUCCAUUACUAAUUCAAAUGGUCAGGUGGAAGAGUGCCUAAAAAAUGCAUUGUUAAACCAUAAAAUAGUUUCGGCGGAGUGUGCACGUGAAGUGGUCCAAAUAAUAGAGGAAACACAAAUAGAUAUAGAAGCGGAUCCGUUGCUUGAAAGGGCAUGUGCGUUAGAUUUAUUAAAAUAUUGCAAAGACCUUGAACAUGGUGCUAGCAGAAGAUUGAAAUGUUUGAAAAUCAUACUGAAUGACAGUAAUCGAAAAUUGGAAACAGAAUGUCAAAAGGAACUCUCAAGCCGUUUAGAAAUGUACAGAUAUGUUGCUUCUGUAGAUGUAAUGGAAAACUUCAAUGAUGUAUUUAAUGGAUUAUCGGCAUCUCCAUCAAAAAAGUAUUUUUUAGUUGUAUGCAUAUCUUUUGUAGGCUUAAUUUUCAUAUUUGGUUUGUACUGCGGUCGUAUAACUAAGAGAGCUAUGUAUGUUAAAAGAAAAUAGAACAAUAAAAUGCAAUAUAAGUAUUUAAACAUUUUUUUUAAGAUUUUUAUUUACUCCCAUGUUUUGACACAAAUAAUACAUAGAUUUUUUCCAUGUGAAUACUAAAUAUUUAUAUACAAACAGGUCAAUUACAGGAAGUAAUAUAUGUAUGCCCAUGUUUACCAUGCAAUUUCAGCUGUUAUUGUUUGUGUGUUUUACAUGUAAAUAAGAUCUUUUUCAAAAAUCUUCAUCGAAUUCCAGAUCCUCUAUUGUUUCUUUUUUUAUGUUGCCUUUUUCUUUUUUGAUUACUUUGAUUUCUCCCUUCAAAAGUUUCUGACUUUCUUCAAAGUACUGAUUCGGAUGAUUUAUUCCCAAACCCAAAUCAACAUUGUUCACAGAAUCAAAAUAUUUACUGCAUGCUACUUGGAAAUGUCCUUUUUUUGCUGUGUCCACUAUAUCGCUAAUAGCUGAAAAAAUAUUUAAAAUCAGAAUCAAAUACACCAAUCUGCUGGAAUGGUAAGCAAAGUAUAUUCAAACCAUAAAAGUUAUUUUAUACAUAGACAUAAUGUGUAAGGCACUUGGGUUGGACAAGAUAUACAGCCGUUAAAAUACUUAAUGACCUGAAAAAUAGUGCCUAUACCUGAAUAAUACAAAUCAGCUCAUCAGAGCUAUGUACAUGCCUAAACUUGAAAAAUAUUAUUUUGAACAAAAGACUUGUUCAGUACUAGCUGUGGCCUGUGACUUUAUUUACAUUAAUUUUAGUUUGUUGAAAAUCCCACAGGAAACAUUUUUCUAGGACAAAAGUAUCCUAUGUCUGAAUCCAGGUCAUUAGCUAUAUGCAUAUCAAAUUUUAUCUAAAUCUGUUCAGUACUUUUUGUGUGAUUGAGUAACAAACAAACACGCAAUACAAACUUUCACAUUUAUAUGAUAAAGUAGGAAGAAGGAUUAUAGAACUGCCAAUGCAGUAGCCUGGCGCUUAACACACUAGUUGUAUUUAGUAGAGAAAAGCUUUCAAAAAUGGGCUUUUCAACUUAUCUGUUACGGAAAAAACCAACAACAUUUGUAGUUAAGUGUUUGUUUCCUUGUUUUUGAAUAACCUGGCAGAAAGCUAUAUCUUAUAGUCUCAUCUUAGAGACACUUAAGUUAGAACAGUCAAGAAGAACAGAUACAGGGGGAUUGUUUUUUGUAUUAUGUGAUGAAAGUAUAGAAGGAGGCAUUUUUAAUAUUAUUCAUUUAGCAACAACAAUAAUAAUGUCUAUAGCCACAGAAAAAAUACCUUGUGGGUCCAUUCCAUAGCCCUGUAAUUUAUUUUUCAAAUUGCUGACAUCACAGUGCCUAUAUGGACACCCAUGACAGUCGCCAGGCCCUACAGUCUCAUUUACAAUUUUCAAGCAACUUAGUGGUGAAUAGUUCCUCUUACUACCUUCUUUACCAUAAUUAUAUCUAAUAUAAUAUGAAUAUUGUUUUUCAAAGUUAUCCAAAUCCAUUAUUUUUGUAAAUUCUUCCCUCCAGAACCUCAAAGAAUCUUCCAAGGUUACACCUAUGCCUUUCAAAAAUAAUCCAUAUUGGAGUCUACCUCCAUGUUUUAAAUGAUGACUCAAUCUUAACUGUUCAUGAAGUUGCCUCAUGCAAAGAGGAUAUGAUUUCACAGACAGGGAAUCUAGACUUUCAAUUGGCACAACUGCCUUUGUGUCAGCAUAAUCUGCCCCUGUAUAUGAUUGAUGUAAACCUUUUAAUAAGCAGACAAGACGCUCGUCCUGUUCUAUCUCUCCCAAGUGAUGACAAGCAACAGCUAAACUAUGUCUUAAAUGUUUUCGAAACUGAGCAGAGAGUACUGAGACAAAAUCUUUGUGAGGGAUAUAUGCAUACCCGCCACUUAAAAACACUUUCCUAAAUUUUACUAAAUCAAGAACUUCAUAAAAUUUCACUUUGUAAAAUUUCAUAUUUUCUAUAUUUUGAUGUGCAGUGGACUCUCUCAAAAAACUAAUAAUUCCACUUUUUUCUUCGUCGCUUAUGUUAGUGUAACUGAGAUUAUUAAGUCUAAAGAAGGCGUCGACAGCUUCACUGUUCAUAGUCAUGAAUCGCAUUUUGAAAAGCUCAAGUUCUCGAGCAACAAACCAACGACGAAGUUCUUCAUUUCUACAAUAAGCCAAUCGAAGUAUAAAAUGAGCAAUGUGGUCUUUUUUUCUUGCUUGCAAAUCAGCAUCCGUUCCAUGCUUUGUAUAUUCACAUAAUUUGGCGUAAUAUUUUAGACCUUGAUUACGAAGUUCAUUUUGAACAUAUUCCUUCCAUUCAUCCGAAAACGCACGAAAACCUUUGAGAGUAGUAGCUGUUGCUAAGCUUCUUAAUAACAUAAGUCUUUCCAAUGCUAAAGUUUCAAAUUCUUGCAAAGAUAUUUCUUCGGUAGGCGGUAAUUUAUACAUUUGAAGAUCAUGAGGAUACGUCUCUACGAGGCUGCCUUUAAUGACAGUUUUUGUGGAUUUUCUUUUUAUAUUUAAAUCCAUAGCUACUGGCUACUGAAGCGAUUAUGAUUUGACCAAAUUUAACAAAAGUAAGGUAAAAUGUAAGCACAAAUUAAUUUGUACACAACUCCGAAUUCUGAUUCGAGUCGGACAAAUUGUAAUUUUUUGGGCGCGAAAUUUGUCAAACAGAUUGACAUUGUCA